AAAAGUUUUCAUUUUCAGUUAAUCGAGACCACAAUUUCGAGUUCGUUCUCCAGUUAGCUCCGAGCCCGCCGCUAUUGCUCUCUCUUUCCCUCUCCAAACCGUCAGCUGAUUCUCGCUUCCAACGAGAAAGAUAAAAUUUUCAGAAAUCUGGCAGCUAAUAUGAAGCUCUCAAUCAAGUUUCAAGAUGACCCCUUGAACGACGAUCAACACAGGCAAAUUAUGACAGCCAAGGUACCCACCACCAUAUUCAACCAACCUUUCGUUUCCGGUAUUGUCGCCACCACUACCGACUCGGCUUCUGACUUCGCCUUCUCCCUCUCUACCAACUUCCCUUCUGGUCCAUCCCUCAAGCUCUCUUACACUCCCACAGCUACCAACACCACCGCUCUUCCCCUUUCUCUUUCCCUCAAAUCUGGCUUAGGUGUUUCUGGUUCUCCUCGGCACUCCCCUCUUGUAUUUUCUGCCAGGUUCUCUUUAUCUCCUUCAUAUGUCCCCGUCCCGACUUUCUUUCUCCAUUUCAGACCCCAAUUCGGUCACUUCUCUCUGGAUAAAACCGUCUUCUCGGACCCUAACACUGAUCAGAUUUCUAGGUCUGCGUCUGAUUGUCGAGAGCUCUCAUCUCUACCGUCCCUCGAUGGAAGUGAAAUUGGAGGAAAACGGUUGGCGGAUGGGAGUUUUUCGUCGGGCUGGCAAGAGGUAAAAUUGGAACCGUCUGGGGGCAAAGAUGAGGGUUCGAAUUUCGCUCAGAUAAAUAACCGUGAGGGUCAGUCGAAUGGAACAAUCGGGUCUACCCCUGAGAGGAUUCACGCCAAUAAAAGAUCCGGUGUCUCAUCAGGAAUUGCUAUUAUGGCCAGGACGGCAAUGCCGGUGACGAAAGGGCUAUCAUUGAAUUUGCGGUGGGGUUUGAAUUUUCCUGGGAUUAUGGGAUUGAAAAUGCCAUCCUUGACGGUAAACAAGAUUAGGUUAGAGUGGGUUACGGAAGCCAAAAAGAAUAAGUGGAGUGCGGAUACCGCUGGCGGCGAUUUGCAUUUGUUAAAGGGCAUGUAUUCUUCGAUGCAAAGAGACUUGGAGAGUGUAGAGAAGGAAAAUAGGGCGAUGAAGCAAAUAUUGGAUGAGAUGAAAAAGGGAGUUGCAGCGAGAAAUCGUCGCGAGGAAGGUAAUGGUAUUGGGGAGAAAUUUUCCCAGCAUUCAGGUGAGAGCUCUAGCGAGUUCGAACGUUGGAGAAGCAAAAAGAAUGCGAAAGAAGAGAAGGGGCAAAGAGAACCUACCAAGUUCCACAGUCUAGCGAGCGAUUUGGAAUCGGAAUUACAGAAGGCCAUAAAGGUUGCUUCCUCUUAGUAAAGAUUUUACUCCCUGAAGUUAUUCGUGGUAUGGCCGGAAAGCUGCUUUGUGUGUUUUACGUAGGCAUCUGAAUUUCCUAUUUCUUGUGAGAAGAAUGAAAUACUUAUAGAAAUUUGAAGUUCAAGUGCUGUAGGAACUCUUGCUAAUUCUUGACGAAGAGGUGAUGCAUCCACUGGCAGAACAAAUUUUAAACUUCCAGUCUUGCAGAUGUUGACGAGCAGUAUGAAUAGUAAAAAUAAUAGAAAGAUGUAAAUAGCAAUGUUCAGUCAUUUUGGAUGCUUUCAAAUUUUCUGUCCAAUUGCUGGUGUCGAGCUAAAUUUAACAGAAAAUGCUUGUUUAAAUUGGAAUUGGUCUUUUUCCUCUGAUAAUUGUAGUUAGCUCUUUCACGA